AGAAAGGGAGAGAGGGAGAGGGCAAGAAGAGAGUAACUGGAGAACGGAGAGGGCGCACCCACGUUUACGUGCGGAGAGAAAGGCCAGUGUCACUUACGAACGCGUACUAAAACGCACGGGAACGGAAGCCAGGUGUCGUAGCGCUUCGUGGUACGCCAGAGUAAAACCGGGCACGGGUGUCUUCGCCACGAGGCCGAUUGAUCGUCAUCCACGUGCGUCGGCGAUACGUUUAGUUAGUGCUCGCGUACCAUACCGAGACCACGGAACAUAACUCUCGCCUAGGACACACGCAUCGUUUUCUAGUAUAUCGGUGUUUUUCGGUCGCCUUUCCCGUUGUGUCAUCGUUUUUGAAACGGUGUUCAUCAUUCUUCGGAACACAGACGGAGAAAAACUGGCAGACGGACAAAGUUGGAGAUAGGUAGACAGAUAGGUAGAGAGAGCGAGAGAGAGAGAGAGAGAGAGAGAGAGGUAGAUUGAGAGAGAGUGAGAGCGAGCGUGCGUGCGAGCAGUAGCGGGAACCGGAUAACACACGGUCCCGGAAUCGUCUCGAGCGACCAAUCACGUACGAGCUCUUGGCUGUCUCCUCCGUUCAGUUGGUAAAAGUGCUCGCGCGUCUUCGAUACGUGGAGGGAUUUCUUGGUUAGUCGGAGAAAGACGGAUAGAGGAGGUAGCGCGCGAGUAGGACGCACAAAGUGGAGGUAAGAGGGUAAGGGGAGACCAACGGUAGUAGAAAGCCGAGGAGCACAGACAAGGAGAAAAGUACGAAACUGCUCCACCCGCGCGCGAGUUUCCCUUUGGCGGUGGUUGAGAGAGAACGAGACAGUCGAGAAUUCUAUCUUGGAGGAGCUAACAGCCGGUGUGUCCGCGGAUCAUUGCUCUCCGACUCGAUAUUAUUUUUCGUCUACUUUGUUCCAUCUCGAACGUUUGGUCACGCGUGAUUCGGUGUCGUCAUCGCGAGAAAAGGGUGAACACAUAUACACACACACAUCGAGAGAGGAGCGUGCUCGGCUGAAGGAACGACAGAGAAGGAGAGGGGAGUGGGAGAGAGAUAGAGGGAGGGAGAACAGGAGAGGGGGAGAGAUACAGGCCCGUGCGGAGGACGAAAGGGGGAGGAACACGCGCGAAGGAGUACGAAAUUAAGGAAACGGAGAGGACGCUACUGUCCGGACAGUACGGACAGUGUGCUUAAAUCAGCCAGUGUUUUAGUGCCAGUGUUUGUCUACCUCAGUCGAUUAGCGGCAGCUAACGGCGGAAAGCUGCAUUAAAAGAUAUUUAGAAGAAAAAGAAGAAAUAUAUAUAUAUAGAUAUAUAUAAUAUAUAGUAGAAUAUAUAUAUAUAUAUAUUGAACAGUGGUAAACCGCGCCAACUAUUUGUUGUAAAUAAACCCCGACCGGGUCUUUGUGUGAGAUUUACAACGAACGAAACCAGAGAUCAACUAUGUCCAUGGAUAAGUUUGCGGAAGGUGGUAUGCUGCAGAAAGAAAUGGAGCGUUUGGAAAUCGAAGAAAAAAACGGCGAUACCACGAGUGGUGCCGGAACGAAAGUUCUCGCAAGCAAUUUCCCCAGUCACACCCGCGUGGAGGAUAUAGAAGCCCUUUUUGGAAACUGUGGUCAAUUGCAGUCUGUCGAGAAGCUUUCAUCACGUGAUCCGAACACACAAACAGUUCUUGUUGUCUAUGAGACGCCAGAACAAGCGCAGCAAGCAGUGAGUCAGUUUAAUGGACACGAUUACGAAGGCAGUGCGUUAAAAGUGGAAAUGUCUGCGGCAGAGAGCAGACGUAGAGGCCGGAGCCAGCGCAGCGGGGUUGCCUACUCCGGAGUAUCCGGUUCCGGAAGGCAGACGGACUUCCCGCUUCGUAUUCUUGUACAAUCGGACAUGGUGGGUGCCAUAAUCGGCCGUCAAGGAUCAACCAUACGACAAAUUACACAAAUGACCAGAGCCCGCGUUGACGUCCACCGGAAGGACAAUGUCGGUGCCGCUGAGAAGGCCAUUACUAUCUAUGGUAAUCCGGAAAAUUGUACGAAUGCUUGCAAAAAGAUCUUGGAAGUUAUGCAACAGGAAGCUAACAGUAUAAAUAACAAAAGCACUGAGAUCACUCUCAGGAUCCUUGCUCAUAACAACUUAAUCGGCCGAAUGAUCGGGAAGGGCGGUACCACAAUCAAGAGAAUCAUGCAGGACACGGAUACGAAAAUUACUGUGAGCAGCAUAAAUGACAUCAAUAAUUUUAAUGUCGAACGCAUUAUCACAGUGAAGGGUAGCAUCGAUAACAUGAGCAAAGCUGAAUCGAUGAUCUCCAAUAAAUUACGUCAAAGUUACGAGAAUGAUCUUCAGGCAUUGACUCCACAAAGCACAAUGUUCCCGGGUCUUCACCCAAUGGCCAUGAUGUCGACGGCAAGUAUAGGCUACAACUCUCGUGGUCCCGCUUUGUACGGAUCGGGUCACAUUCCGUACCCAUACCAAGCAAGCUUGCCCACUCAACAGGGCGUCCCCGCUGCCGACACUCAAGAAACUGUAUUCCUUUACAUUCCUAACACUAGCGUAGGCGCCAUUAUCGGCACCAGGGGUUCAUACAUCAGAAACAUGAUUAGAUUCUCCGGAGCGAGCGUGAAAAUCGCGCCUCUUGAGCAAGACAAGCCUGCAGAGCAACAGACUGAGAGGAAGGUGACAAUCGUUGGAUCGCCGGAGUCUCAAUGGAAGGCGCAAUACUUGAUCUUCGAGAAGAUGCGAGAGGAAGGAUUCGCUUCCGGUGCCGAUGACGCUAGACUAAUGAUUGAAAUCCUAGUACCAAGCGCCCAAGUUGGCCGAAUCAUUGGUAAAGGCGGACAAAAUGUCCGAGAAUUGCAACGCGUGACAGGGAGUGUUAUUAAACUAUCAGAACAACAAACGACGUCUCCUUCUGCCGACGAGGAGGCCACGGUCCACAUAAUCGGCCCAUUCUUUUCUGUUCAGUCUGCCCAGAGGAGAAUUAGGUCCAUGGUGUUACAACCGAGUGCAUCUGGAGCAGGUGCUGCGUCACGCGCAGGACGCGGGAGCAGCCAGGAAGGUGGUCCUCGUUCCAGAAGAGACGGUAGUGCCACAUCUCAGCAAGGUGGCGCGACAACGCAACAAGCGUUGAGCUCAUCUCCUAGCCAGCAACAACCACAAAAUCAGUAACAGAACUGAGACAUUUCCUGACGCAAACGCUAGAAUCCGUUUUAUUCGCCGGGGUGGCCUCGUCGCUUUGACAUUCUCUCGUCUACGAGAGGCUACGUGCCACAACCUCCUUCUCGCGGGGCACGUAUCCUUCGAGAUUACUCGCAGAGCGGCCGAGCGAUGCGCGCACUGCAUCCGUGGGUCACGCGCGAGACUUUUCCAUCGAUAUUGUGACGACUGCCACAUAACAGUAGCCGAUACAAAUUCAAAAUCAUCCAUUUGAUUCGGGGAUCGAUAGCCGGUCGAACACAGAGCUUACGAUCGAUGGCGUGUUUCUUUCAGUCUUUUUUGGUUUUUUAUUUUUUGAAAUUUCUUGCUUGUAUUUUGUUUUCGUUUCGGUUUUCUCUUUUUGGUCGGAUUUAACAGUACAAAUACACGGUUACUUUUACAUUACAAUAAAAAAAAAGGGGAACGCUUGGUGUAAUCCUGAUUAUUCGCACUAAUGGCGCCCAUCGAUCGUAGCCAUCCAUUGUCGCGUCGCGUUUCUCGCGCCUCGAAGUGCAAUUACGCGAGCGAACGCGACGCGGGCGACGUCUGUGUGUGUGUGUGUGUGCGUGUGUGUGUGUGUGCGUGUGCGUGCAUGAAGAACCAAAUGGAGGAAGCGCAUGUCUCUUCGUAGAGAAGAAAGUCACACGCGAGACGAUGUGAGAGAUGACACGAGUUCGUUCCCUGACAUCGCGUUCGUUUUUCUUGUUUUUCUUUCUUGCUUGUCGAGCAGGCUAACCUUGAGAAGUUCAAUUUCACUGGUCGAGAGAUGAACGUCCGCCAAUCGUACCCAGAAGAACACAGACAAAACAGGUUCACAGACAGCUCUCUCACCUCAUCUACGCGCGACAACGUGCGUUUCGUCGCGAGUUCACUCGAUCGGAGUCGAAGCGACGGGAAACACUCGAACAAAAUCAAUUUUUUUUCUUGUCAUCGUAUUCUAUAGAUCUGGUUUCAUCGACGAAGUGGAUCUAUAGAAUACGCUGAUAAGGGAAAAAAAACAAAACAUAAGCAACCUUAUUACCUCAUUCAUUAACGGUUAAAGAUUUAAGUAAUGAUAAUGAAAAGCGGUAGAGAGAGGAAGGAUGAUGAAAACCAACCACUCUAAUGAGAAUGUAUAGUUUGUUUACUUUUUCCUUCCUUUCUCGGUCCGCUUCUCAUUAUCGUUAUCAUCUAAUGCAAAUGUAGAUGAAAGAAAUCUACUUAAUAUUAAAGUUAUAAUAAUAUACGAAGAAAUAGAGAAUGGGAGGGACAGAGAAAAUAAGUAACGAUUACACUUACAUUAUACAUGUUACUGAUACUGCUAAUAAAACUACUUACUAUUACUACUUACAUUCUGCCGACUACAAGAUAGCGAACGUGAGUCGCGUCGUUUCCGGUGAUAAUCGCUCGAUCAUUACUCGCUGCGGCGACACGGUUCAUCUCGUGAUCUUGCACCAUCGAGGAAGACUGUUUUUUCUCUUUUUUUGUUUGCUUGUACAAGAAAAAAAAGGGUGAAAACGUGCACAGGUUUUUUCAUACAAACAGAAUUCCCAGACAAUUGCGAGUACGAAUAGUUCAGGGAACACUUCUAAUUAACACUUAAUUAAAAGUGUCCCGUGUUAACUAAUCGAAAACUGUCUACAGUUUAGUUUUAGACGUAAGCCAAUAAAGUUUUCAAAGCAGACACUCUUCAGCCCCCCAAAACCCCCCAAAAAGGGCGAUCGCCCACGCUCCCCUCUUGCGCCUUUAUAAUACCAAAGAAGCGAUUAUGAGUUCUUUUCGUAUUAGUGAAGUGAAAACGCAAGUUCCUUGUAAGAGCCAACACAGCGCGAGGGGGGUCGCGGUGUCAGAGACGCUACGCAACCAACGGGGAAUCGACGAGUGGUUUAUUAAUGUCGGGACACACAACAAUAUAAUAUGAAACUGAUGUAAAAUGACAGAGGAAUAAGAAGACCACCAUAACGAGAGAAUGAAAGGGAGACGAACAAAGACGUCAUCGGGUCGCUUUAGCUAAGAAAGGGAAAGUGAUUGAUUGCGUCUGAACCAGGAAACAGCAGAUGGAUUACAAAAGUCAUGCGUUCGGCGAACGCUACAGAGAUUAUGCUCGCGAUAUUUGUCCGCACCGCUACACGUUUGUCGUGCUACGAGAAGGACGUUCGAUGGAGAAUGAAAAAGCGACCUUUCAAGGCAUAAACGUGCUCGAGAGAAGCGGUAGCGAUGAGCCCAUUUCUCCUAACAUGUCUUCUGACAUGGCGGUCAGAAGACGUAUUAGGAAAAAUGGAUUAGAAAGCGAAGCGACAAAACUUAUCAGGGAUUUUUACUUCGUCGUGGAUGUAAUAGUGUGUGAAUGCAUGUGUUGAAAAAUACUAUUAAUUGAUAAGCAAUUAAUUUACUGAUUAGGCAUAUAUAAACGACAAAGGGAAACGCAGAAUUAAGGCUUAUCGAGAGGUCUGCCUAAAUUUCGCGAACACGGAGAUGAGCGGUGGGAGGUGCAGACCGAUCUUCUUCGAUCUCUAAUGAUGUGAUCCAAAGAUACCGAUCUUCUUCAUCUCUUAGCCGCUCGCGCGUGCGUAUAUCGCAAGCGAGUUGCCGGGAGGAACCGGUUGGAGGACACGAACCCUUACGAAACUCUCAGCUGUCGACGAUCGUUUUGUAAAUUCUGUAAUUGUUCCGAGAUCUUUUCCAUUUUGAUUUGCCCCGUUUUGAUUACGAUACGUAGGAUUAUAUAGUUGGUGGUGAAGGAUUAGAGUAAACGAAAGAAAACUCGCAGCGAUAUCGCAGCACUCCGGUACGCGCGAACGCUUCAGUCGGUCUUUUCGUUCGUCGCUCGCGAAGAUGUAUGGAAGUCAUCUAUCAGAAUCUGGACUUCACCUCGGCAGACUGUGCCGAUCACAGACGCUCUGCCGACGGGACUCGGAAGUUCAGCUAGUCUUCGUUUAUUCGUUUAUGCGACCGGAGAACGAAUCAACCGAGCCGAGCGUGCAGCAUCGAUCGCGAUCAGCCCGCUCGAGGACGAUCGAGGAAUUGAUGUUUUUCUCAACUGUAACCGUUUCCAAGCAGAAUAUAUAAACACGAAAGAUAAUUGAAACAUGUGACGCCUCGUCACCGAGCGUCACGCGUUUUAAUUAUCUCUCGUUUCCGAGCUCGAGCGGAGUAAUGGCGACCGAUCGCGCGCGACCUCUAACUUUUAAGUUCUGAUUUUAAGAUGGGAAACCAAUCAAAAAUCGGAAAGGUCGACGCGUAUGAGAUAUACUGACAUUGGAAAUGUGAAGUAUCUGACCGAAUGAGCUAUAGCCCCGUUCGACGAUCUAUAAGAGUGACAAGGAAAGAAGAAAGGAAAGAGCAAUCGAUAAAAUUGACGGACUGGCGGACGGUCGGCCACGUGCCACGAGGAGCCGGAAAUCGCGUGUUCGCGAUCUUUAUCAUUCAAAAGUCGAUUGAAUCUUUCGGACCUAUCUCGUGGCGCGAAGUCGACGUUGAACCCGGCGGAGGCCGCUUCCAAACGGCCGACCGUCCGUAUUUUGUGGCAUUAGUACAAAGUUUAAGAAGCGGAUGGCUAAAUCCAGUUUUGUGAGUAAAACGUGUCAAACACAAUGGAAAGAUAAUUUUAUCGCGUGUUACAAUUUUCAUUGAUCGAGACGCCUGAGGACCUUUCCUCCUCAUUCUCUGUUUCUCGAUCAAUGGAAAUAAGGAGAAUAUAAGGAGAGUUGUGCGCCGAAAGAAGAGACGUACAGGGAAAAACAAAGAGAUGAACCGGGACCGCGGCGAGCUUCGGAAGCUCGACGGGUUCUCCUGGCUUUUUCUUUUUCGCUGGAUGUCGCGGGAACGCGAGACAAUGGGGAUAGGAGAAGAGAGUAGCAGCGAACGUUUGAAAGAUCAAACGCGAUGUCGAAACGGGUUGGAAGAGGAACGACCGAGUUUUCUAAAUAAGAAGAGAAAGGAAACGGAAAGGGGAAGCGUUUAGAGAGCGAGAAAGAGAGAGAAAGAAGAGUGUGUUGUGUGUUAAGAAUGGAAAUUGAGGACAGUUUGACUUGGGAAGAUAAUGAAGAGUAUAAGUUUAUUUUUGAUACAUUGUUGGGGAGAACCAAGUGAGUCUUUCUUUUUCAAUUUUUUUGUUAGAUGUUUUAUAAUAACUUAAUGAAUUUUAACGAUAUUGAAAGCGAGGAGGUGUGAUGGAGAAGUAAGGAGGGUAUAGUGGGGGAGAGUAAAAAAGAAAGAGAGCGAUAUUUUUAAAUAUAUAUAUAAAGAUCUAUCUCUUAUCUCUAUUUAAAAACAUUGCUCCCUUUUUUCGGGAGGAGGAAGGUAAACGGCGAAAGAGAGUAUAGCGAAGAGAAUAGAAGCGAAGUGUUUUUCGUAAAAAAUAUGAGAAAAAUGAAAAAUAAAAAUGAAUGGAGGGAGAGAGAGACAGUUAACUUUAACUUAAAUAGAUGAAAAAGGAGAAGAGAGAGAAAAAAAAAUAAGAUGAGACGGCGCGCAGCUUUUUGCGCUGUGCGUCCGUCGCUCGUCAUCGGGGAGGGAGGGAGGGGGGGGGUGGAUAAAGGAGAUUUUAGUCUGGUAAAUUGUAUAGUAUAUUUAAUAUAUUUGGAGAAAACGGCGGCGCCGGGCCCACACGGCGAGGACGCGUCAUCUUUUCGACGGCCAGCGACAGGACGAUUCGGGCUCGCAGUUUUAUGCGACGCGAACUUGUUGUCGCUGUCUGGAAAGCCCUCCUCGCCUGCAGCCCCACGCCGACGUGUUUAUUUAUCAAUCGUAAAUAUUUAAUGAAAGAGGUAAAAAAAAAAAGAAAUGAAAUGAAACAUAAAAGGAAAGAAAUAGAAUAACAGUUUAUAGAAAAGGAAAAAUAAGAAAACAAUGAGAAACGAUGAAAGUGCCAAGGAAAACAAACACAGUAUAAAACGCACACACGCAGCAAAUGUCAAGACCCAGGUAGAACAAUGUAAAAACCAAACCAAUAACCGUUUCACACGAGACACAUAAGGGAAAGUAAACAAUUGAGAAGAAACAAAAGAACACCAGCAGGGAUCACGCAUACGAGAACAAGUUAGAAAAGUUAAUAAACAUAUCUGCCACCAUCAUUGUCACCGUUACCAACAACAAUUAACAACCCUCGACAACAAUUAACAAGAACGAAGAUAAAGAUAUUUGUUUAUAAAACACGAAACGAAAAGAAAAACAAUCAUUCACGCUAUUUCCAGAUCACUUGACGCUCCUUUUUCCUGAAACGAUGCACACGUGGAGAUAUCUUAUACGUUUUGAAAUUAAAUCGUUUAUUUCGGCCAAAAACAAUCAAAAUUGCUCAGAGAGAACGAAGGAAAUUUUAGCAGACAAAAGAGAGAAAGCACGACGCGAGUACGAGACAACACAAUCGCUCUUCUCAGCAGGAACGUCGCGUUGUCGCGAGCGAAACCGACUUCGUUCCGACAACGAUCGCCCCACCAAGGGGUGAGUUUUACCAAAAAGAGAUGUUCCGAGAAAGGUUUCGGAAUAUCUGUUUCUGAUAAAUCUCACGAAAUAGACAAAAAAAUUGAAAAAAAUAUGUACGUACGAGAAAAGGAGGAAAACAAAAAAAAAAGGAAGAAACGAAAAUUCGUAAAUUCGUAAUCUGCCCCGCGGUGUGCGAACACGUUAUAUAUACCUUUCGCUGGUUCAUCGAUCUUUGAUUCAUUUUUUUCGGUUGCGUAAAACAUUUCUGAGCCGACACUUCAAACGGAAUUGGAGGAAAGGGAAAAUUUUGGAAAGUAGAUACUUGGAGUCUGUAGUGUUGGAACGAAUAGAGAAACUCAACGACACCCUCAACGACUUCAUUGCUCGCUCACACUUCUUGCACCCCUAUCACGAUGAAGGGAGGAGAACGAAGGAAAAUUUUCGAAGACGAAUUCGCGGAAAGAUGAUGAAUGAAUACUAAACGCAAACGUUUUAGCAACGACAACGAUUACAAAGCAAAAAAAGAAAACCCUGUCCACACGGAAGAGAGAAGAAGCACAGCCGUCGCGACAAACACGAGAACGGGAAAAAAAUGCUACUUUUUUCGGACGAUUCCUCAGCACAGCACUUCGAACGCCAAAAAAUGAAAAGGGUAGAGAAAAGAUGAUGAGAUACGUCGGGAUUUUGGAGACGAACGAGGAGGGGGCAAGAAGCACCCUCGCUCUCGAAAAAUGUACAAAUCAAAGUAACAAAGUGAAGAAAAUAAAAAGGAUGAGAAAAAAAUGACGGAUCAUCAUUUUUUUUAUCAUCCUUCUUAUUUAAUAAUGAAUAACUUAAUUGAAGAAAGAAAGAGAAGAGUUUUAACGUUAUAAAUUAUUGUGAGCGUGAAUUAAGGGGUUAUAUUACGAUUAGAGGUAAUUUAAUCUACUUGGAUAAGGAAAAUCCACAAUGAAAUGUACAAAUAAAUUUAUUGCUAAAUCUAAAUGUUAGUAUUCUAGAAUAUUUUACCGUCGAAAUGAGAAAAAGAAAAAUGAAUCGUGUUUAUCGAUUUAGAUUCGAGGAAAUUUAUCCGGCGAAAUAAGGAGAUGAAUUUAUAAAAACAAGGAAAAAACAAUGCAAAGAUCUUAUCGAGCAUUUUCUAAAGUAAAAAAAGCAAAAAACGUAAAAAAAAGAUAAUGAAGUACAUACAGACAAAGCAAAAUUUCAUCGACCAGAAUAUUGGGGAAACAGAUAUCAGAGUAUCUUUCUUACCGGAAGUGCGAAUAUCCGUGCGCAAACAUUCAAGCAUUCGAUCGUAUGCGAGCCCCGCGAGCAUAUGCGGCGAAAGGAACAGAGGGUUGUAAACAGAGAAACAUAAAAGAGUAAGCGCUUCUUUUUCUUUUCGUACAAACGUCCAGAAUAUCGUCAACGUAUCUCCGACGACUGUUGUUAAGCUUUUAUCGACCUUUUUAACCAUGUUCUUACUAACGUAGAAUAGCGGAACGCGAUCUUUUGUACGAUUUUUUACGAAAUCCAUUUCUCGAGUACUCGCUUUGAAUCCGUCGAGGAGAAAGCGCGGUUCAUCACACAGCUCCACGGCCGACGAAACGAAGAAAACACGCGAAAAAAGUAAAAAAAAAAGAAAAAAAUAUACGAAAGAAACACGGGGGGGAAUAAAUCAUCGUUCAUAGAAGAAAAAACAACGCCGGCUCGACGGCCAACGGAAGAGCCGAGGGGAACAAGAGACCAAAAACCGUCGUUCUCUCGAUCCAGGAAUACCGCAAGCACAAACGAAUUUCGCCGAAGCGAAUUAAGGACACAGGAGAGCGUCUAACGCGUAACAGCUACGCGAUUCGCGGACAACAACGCAUUCGAUGGGUAAUCAUCAGAAGACGUACGAAACAAGAAAACGGAACGGGGGGGCCGCCUUGCGACCGGGCAGCCCCGUGAACAAAACGAAACGAAAUCGAGAAAAGCAGGAUCUUCCAUUUCCGCGCACACGGCUGCAGACGACUCGUCUCGAAAAAACGUCUCUCACAGUUCGGCCAGCAACCUCGUCGCUCGACGAACAGAUUCGAACGGAAGCACCGACGGCACGCGCUCUCGACGGUGGCAUAGAAAAAGAACGUGCAUCCGAAUUUCCGGCCCCUUCCCCUGAUAAUCUAAAGGAAACCAAGAAGCGCAGACAAAAUCGAAAGAGUCCACCGAGAUGCUUGUAGCAAGAAAAAAGAAGAAAGAAGGAAAACGGGAAACAAAAUUCCAUCGACCGACAAGAGUCGUCGAGUUCGAUCGCACGUUGGACCGGUUCGCCGAACGAACCAACCGUUCGCCGGUUGUGCUGUUUCGUGAUGCCAAAAAUCCAAUUCGAAAGAGAGACGAACCGCCGCUGCUGUAGAAUCUUUCCAGCUUUGCUUUUACGGAGAUGCUUUCACCGUCGUCGAUGUCUACAACGCGAGACAUUCGACGAUAUAAUCGUAGAAUUUGACGCGUAACGCGGAGCAGGACACGCGGCAUUCAGCAACGUCCAAUUUCUCUUUGUGGGCCAGUGUUCCGAGACUGUCUUCGUUACAUACAUACAUACAUACACACACGCGCGCGCAAACACACAUUCACACACACCAUUCGACCAUCUUGCAUCGGUCCAGGAUGGUUCUGUUACACCGACGUCAGUUUUCACGUACCAUAAACGUAGAACACGAAACGCACGAGGGAUCGCUGUCACGACGCGAUCGCUUUUCUAUUCGUUAUAGAUCAAAUACGAUCAUGUAUACUAUAAGCAUAUAAAUAGAUUAUAUAUAUAAAUAUAUAUAUAAAUAUAUAUAAAUAUAUAAAAACGCGGGGAUGAUAUUUGUAUCGUUCCGCGUGCAACUUAACAAUAGUAAAUCGAUGAAAUAUACGAAACGGUCACGGGGGUGGCCUGACCGGUCCUCCGCUCCUCUGGCCGGCGACCAUUCUCAACAGGCUAAAAAAGCAUAGCACUUCUGUUUCAUUUCUUUAUAAAUAUUUCACGGUGAUAAACUAUGAGAUAUUUAUAGGUAAAUAGUGGUAAGGGAUAAUUAAUAUCGGAUCCACGACAAAGGACGCUGUUCGGCGUCGUUCGCGGUGACUACUAGGGUGGGUCGCAGCCAUUUUUUCAACUCCAGAAGAAUAAGAGAUAGCGAGAGAGAGAGUGAGAGAGAGAGAGGAAGCACACCGGGAUACCAACGGUGGUAGAUUAUUUUGGGCUUUAGUAUUAGUAUUUCGAUGUAGGCGGAGUUCAGCGGCAGCCGAACUUCGUAGGAUCGCGAUUAAACCGCCGAUGAAGGGUAAAAGGAGAAGAUGCCGGCCGCGAGAUCCAGGCGUCGUUAGUUUCGAGCCGAUUGCGGCGGUCUCUCCGACCGCUUUCUCGUUCGACGAUCGACCGGCAUCGAACGACACCGAUUCGGUCGCUUGUUCGAACGUCGCUCGAAACUAAACGGCCGAGACCGAGAUCCCGUUCGCUGGUUCCGUGGACGAUCUUUCGUUCAACACGAAGACGACCGUCCCUGGGAUAUCCGGCCUGGCUCUGGAUCGCGGAACGGUACCGAACGGUGUCGACAACGGCGGUAAACGAGGGCCUUAUAUAUACAUUUGGGCAUUGUUAAUGAGAGGUUCAAGUGAUAUCGCUACAUAGGUAAUAUAUCGGAUAAGCUUAGGCGUGUUGUGUCGGUGGGGACGUUAAGGUUGACCAAGAGAGGAGAUGACGCGCGAUGCAAGGAUGAACGCGUAGCAAGAGGCGCAAGUGUCUACGGGAUUGCGCGAACGGCCGGUGCGAAUGUGGGCGACGUGUCCGCGUCGCGAACGCGGGCACGUCGGGGAAACGAAACGCGAUCGAGAACGAUCGCGUCGGAUGAAACACCGAAAGGCCGAGGUUGUGCGUCCGUGCGAAUGCGAGAAGGUGUGAGUGCGACAAGGAUGGUUAUUCGAACAGAAAUCCGCAUUAUACGAAGGUUCCGUCGCGGCGCGUUCUCGCCCCUCGAGAACACGUUUCGACGCGAGCCUUGGUAUAUUAUCUAUUAUUAUCCUAUUGUUGCCAAUAAUGGGCAUUAUGAAAAAAAACGCGCGUAUUUAACUUAUUCUCUACACUGCAUUUACAUUAAUCCCCCGUCCCCCCAGAGCCCCACCCCCGAGAAACCGUUUGACCCCCUAGCCCCCUUACCCACAACCAAUCCCAAGAGAAAGAUUCUUGUAUGCAUAUAGUAAAUACUUAAUAUACAUUAUACACUUGUUGUACAUAGAUAUAUAUUAUAUGUAAAGCUUAAACUUAUUAACGAAAGAUACGGAAUAACGAGACCAGACAACAGAGAGAAAAACCGUAUUGAUAGUGUUACAAACCCGGAAAGAAUACGAUCACAGAGAAUAACAACAGAGGAACGAAACCCGUGGUGAAGAGAAAGAGAAAGAGAUAGAGCCGUUUGGCCGCGUAUGCGUGAAAAUUGAACGAAUGAAGAGAAAGAGAGAGAGCUGUAUAUCUUGUUCAGAUGAUACCGAGCGUCGAGUUCAAAAACCGCGAGCCACCGACCUUGGUUCGUUCGUCCGUCGCGACGGCGAAACCGAAGGGAAAGGAAGGAGAAGGAGCCGCGUCGUCCCGACGCACCGACGCCGAGCAUCGUCGUCGUCGUCGUCGUCGUCGAUCUCGUCUCGCACACUUCGCCGUGGAACAACGCUUAUAUGGGACGACUAUUUAUAGCAGCCAGCACUUAGGAGACCGCCGAGCUCCGAUCGAUCGUCGAUCGAUCGCGCGGCAUACCGCGAACAGCGCACAGCAUACUUUGAACAGCAACGACACGAAGAGCACACCGAGGACACCGGGGAGGAUCCAACGAAGCAAAGCGUCGCGCCGCGAGACACCUGUAACCCGCGCCCGACAACUGCCAUUUUAAAUGCUGUCCAGUCACUGCCAGCGAGACGAGAGACACAAUGUACACACCGUUCAACAAAGAACAACCACGGAAGAAGUUGAUGCAUAUGCAUACAUAUGUGUAAAUAUUAUCUAGUGAUAUCCUACUAAUGUAACUACGACACAGUAAUUCCCUAUCUCCCUAGAUAGAGAAUUGCUGUAUCGCAGUUAUCGGGAGCCAUACUGUGCUGUGUGUCAUAUCAGUGUAUUCCUGCAAAGUCGACCGGGGGAAUCCCGGAGUGAGAAGGACGAAGAUGAUGAUGAUGAUGAUGAUGAUGAUGAUGACGACGGAGGUGCGAGGAGGAUCGACCGGUCGCAAGCGUCCAGAAGCGAGAUGAGUAAUACUAAAACCCAAAAUAGCCGUUUCCGGGAGUUCGGUCGAGGAGGAUGGUCCAUGCACGUUGGGACGCUGAGAAGAGGGCGCGCGAUCGCGUUUGUUCCGUUCCGUCGCGUUUCGCGAGCCGGGAAAGUUCGCGGGGGAACGUCGAUUCUCUUCGUCGAUUCGCUGCCUCGUAAGUUACACGCGCGCGCCGUAACACAUGCUAGGAGAGUUUUUAGGGCACCGUGUUUCUCGUACGGAUUCCGAUAGGAACGAACACAACCACCGGAGCAGAGGAAAAGGAAACAGGAGAACAAAGAGGGCGAGAUGAAAUUUAGAAAAAGAAACAGCGCGAUGCUGCGAGGCACGCGCCAACAAAAAAAAAUACGAAGAUGAUAAAAAAGGACGAAGAAACGAAAGUAGAGAAAGAGUAAGAGAUUUCUCUUACUCUUUCUCUAUGUUUGUUUCUUUGUUGUUUUUGCGUGUACGGUUUUCGCACGUUUUUCUUUUUAUAUCUUUUUUCGUAUCCUCGGCGGAGGGUUCUUUUUUUAUGGGAAAUAAGCAUCGUUUGGCUUUGUCAGAAACUCGGUUUUCCGGUUCUCCUUUCUUCUCUUGUUUAUUCCCUUUUUUUCUUCUUUUUUUAUUAUUAAGUAAUAAUUGCAAUGAUAAUGAUAGAUAGGAUAACGGUUAUCGUUAAGAUUUCAUUCGUUCCGCGUUCCUUUGUUGGCACAAUCUAUUCGCUCUAUUUUUCAUCCUAUUUUAAUUCUUUUUCCUUUUAAUUCUACAGAUAUUUUUCACGCACGUUCAUCGUUCAACUGUUCGGUUUACAAACGUUAGUUCGCCGCGACGCGACAGCCACGUUUCGCGAAUGUCGUUCCGUUAACCCGCGCGUUCGCUGAUUCCAUGUUUUUAUUCAUUUUUUCUCUCCAUAGAUAUUUUUCUGCCCGCGCGCGCACGAGCAUAGACGACGAGACACUGUUACACACACACACUCGAUUACACGCACACACGAUAGAGCAGGUGCACACGGUUAUAAAUAGUCGGAGGAGUGGGGGGGAUCGAAAACGAUUAGAGAACGAAUUGAUUUUCAAUUUUGCCGCGUGCACGCGCGGCUGCCGAGAUCGUUGUUCCGCUCGUUCUUUUUCGCGACAGAUCGCGAGCGAAUCGGAUGACAGAGAGAAAGAGGAGGGUUUCAACAUUCGCGACGGGGGGUAGGUCGAUAUGGGGUACCAUCGAUGGUUCCGGGUCGGAAGUGUUCGGUCGAACCAGUCGCGAAAAUCUCAAAGAAGAUCAUCCUCGACUUCGUCGAUUCCGCGCGGAGAAACGCGCGCGAGAGGCGCGGCUGAAUCGUGGGACCACUUUGUCUACCACUCGCGGGAACGGGUCGCAUCGUUCUUCGUUAGCGCGCGCGUCGAGGGGCGCGAGGCAUCGCGAAAUUGACAACCCGCGGCCGCAAAAUCUUCUCGGUCGAUUGGCCUCGAGUCGAGACUCGUCCGGGAUUAUUCGAGACUCUUCGGGCAACCGAUCGUCGCUCGACGCAGAAAAACCGCACGGUCGAGGCGCGAGCCCUCGUCGGGAAAAUGGUAUUGUCGACGAAGGGAACGGAGCACGGAGCACGUUGGAAACACGUGCGAUUUAACCCCGUUCCCGACGGAGAAAACGAACAACGCGCGCGCGUCGCUCUCGUUCUCUCUCGCGUUCCUUUCUUGAUUUUCGGGGAAAAGAAAAAACAGGACGGAUCUUUGGGGAUCAAAUGAGAAGAGAAAGGGAAAGAGUCGCUCCCGAGAGAACGCACGCGCUUUUCCGCGGCAACAGCGAGAGAGAGGCACGGAAUUAUGUGCCGGUGACGGACGGGCAACGAGAAUUCUAUUAUCAGGAAACAGAAGCAACGCUGUACCGGAAUCAUCAUCCGAAUUGUCAGAAAAAGAGAGAGAGAGAGAGAGAGAGGGUGGACGGCUUUUGUUUUCCGCUGGAUGUGUACGUACAUCGUAUACGUUUCUUUAUAGAGCACGCAGGGCGAAGAGAAAGAGAGAGACGGAAAAGAGCAACGGGUACGGAAGAGAAGAACCCAGAAGAGAAGAUGGACGAACGAUCAAGGUAACGACCCUGUGCACAACGCCUGGGCGACCUUCGAACCAGACCACCGACCACCGGACUACUUCAUUUCACUUCGAUGCAUUUCACAGACGAGACGCAGAGACGAUGGAAAGGGAAAAAAAACAAUUUUGGAAAAGCGAUAAUGUAUCUUAUUCUACACGCAUACCGGAAACACACACACAUAUUAUUAUACAUACGUUAUAUAUAAAUAUAGAGAUCUAGUGGAUGUACGUAAACAUUAUUAAUACGCGCAUCUAAUUUGAUGGUAUGUGAUUUAUAAUCGAGGGAGAGAGUGAUUGGAGACAGCGAAGAAGAAACGCGAAGAUUGGGAUACCGUGAUGAUAAAGAGAAUCAGAUAAAUGUGUGGGAGGAUCGAUGUUAGCGAAAGACUCAACUGUUUCCCAUUGCGAUCGGUA